UGGCAACUCGGUAUAUGCUUCCUUUUGCCUUUUCCCUUUAUUUGUUUUGUGUAAUGCUUCUUGUGGGGCUUAUUUGCCCACGUUCUUCACAACACGUUGGGCAACUCAAUUUACUAGAUUCAAACACACAUGCUACAUGCAUACGCACACACAAACAUUACGCACACCGUUCGAAUGAAAUUGGCCACAUAAAGUGGAAAUCGAAUAAAAUUGUGAAAAUCUGCAAAGCACAAGGAAUGCCAACGAAUGUAACAAACGCAGAAACAUAAAUAAUAUAAAAGAAGUGAACAAGUGACGUUAAAAAGAAGAAACAAAAAUAAUUCAUAACAGUUUGCCUAUGCAUUCGAGUUGCAAAUUUGUAAUUGGAUCAAAAGAAAUGAAACAAUGCAAAUGCAUCCUGUGUGAGACAGCGGGCUAAGCGAAAACAAGAGUAUAAAUAAUCUGCCACAACAAAAACCAGCACAACAACAACUACAACAAAGCACUUCAAAUCAUGAAUGGAAAAAAUAAAUAAACAAACAAAAAAACAUUAAUAAUCGCUCGCAUUGUGCGUUAUUUCUUAAUUACUUAACAAAGUGAAAUUGGUUGAGCCGAAACCUGACGUCGGAGGAGGAGGUGGUGCUGGUGGUGGAACAAAGGCAUUUGUCAACAACAGCACCUCACAACACGGUCACAAAAGAGUGCCGACAGACGGACAUAGCGCAGCAAGAACGAGACGACAAAAUGCCUUGCGACAAUGCAACAAAGAACUCUUCGGAUAUCGAACAUGCCGAUUGGUGUACUGGCGCUAGUCAAUCUUACAAUGUUAGAUUUGGUUCGGCCAGCAGCCAAGCGUCACAGAGCAGCGGUGACAUCUGUCGCAUUUGCCAUUGUGAGAGUGAUCCCCAGAAUCCACUAUUAACACCAUGCUAUUGCUCCGGCAGUCUAAAGUAUGUACAUCAGGCCUGUCUGCAACAGUGGCUGACUGCUUCCGAAACGAAUUCCUGCGAAUUAUGCAAAUUUCCCUUUAUAAUGCACACAAAAAUCAAGCCAUUCAAUGAGUGGCGCAGCCUUGACAUUUCUGGCAUUGAACGAAGACGAUUGUGUUGCUCGGUGUUGUUUCAUUGUGCUGCGGCUCUAUGUGUUAUUUGGUCGCUUUGUGUACUUAUCGAACGUGCUGCAGAGGAUGUACAACAUGGCCAUAUAGAAUGGCCCUUUUGGACAAAACUGGCGGUGGUAGCAGUGGGUCUUACGGGUGGCAUCGUCUUCAUGUACAUCCAAUGCAAGGCCUAUUUGCAUUUGUGUCACCGAUGGAAGGCCAGAAAUAGGAUAUUGCUUAUACAAAAUGCUCCCGAAAAGGUUCAUCCGACUUCUCCUCCAUCGCCAACUGCUGCACAGCAACGCAAUCGUAAUAGUAGUUCAUGCAAUCAAGCACACAUCGUGAAUUCCUCAAGUGUCAACAUAAACAUAGAUGUGAAUGUGGCAAACCCGAGGCCGACGUCGAGUUAUAACUACGCCUCGGCUGUGGAGGUGAAUGAGGUAGAGGAUACUGCCGAUGGCAGUGAUAGAAUGCCAACGUCUCCACAUCAUAUGCUGCAACAUGCUGAUCUCGAUGUUGACUCCAUGGUAUCACAAACGUCUGCCGGUUUACCGAGUCGUCUACUGGGUAAACAUCAUCAUGCACAUCAUCACCAUCAUCAUAACCACAAUGUAGCCCAACAGCAAUAUCCCCAAAGCCAUCCAAGUCAUUCGCAUUUGGGGCAAGUCGCUGUAGCCGCAAACAUCGAGUGUACUCAAUCACAACAUAAUUACGAUCGAGAUUUUGCUUUGGAUGAUGUUGUCUCACAGAUCUCUUCAUUUCGUCCGUGUCCCCAAGGAUCGGGCAGUAUGACGCCGUUCCAUGACUCUAUACACAAUGUACUGGAACACUCGGAAGACUCCAGUCGAAUAUCCGUAAACGACUUAUGUGUAGGUUCACGCCAGGAUCUCAGCACUGAUGGCCUUUCAACCGAUACUGGACGCGAACAUGCACUGCAGUUGAGUAGUUUUAGCGGCAGUGGAGACCAUAAGGCUCCUUCGAUUAGCUCCGGAGUUUCACAUGCGGUGGCCAACGGUUUGGGGGGUUUCGUUUAUAAACCCCACACCAAACGCUAUUCAAACUCCUCUAUAUUCCUAGAAAAUCGUGAUAUACUAAAUGACUCGGUAGACUUAGAUCUGGACAAUGGUCAUUACCUGAAACAUGACUACGGCCGUAAUUGCAACAUUUUGACACCACCCGACGCUGAUGGUGAUGACAAAUUGGAAAAGUACUUGGGUAAGGACCUCAGACGGUAUUCUGAUACAAAACUGCUGGGCAGUGUAGACGUCGAAGCAUCGGAUCCAAUGUUAGAAUGCCACACACCGCAUCAAUUCGAGGCCACUACGCAAAGGCAAAGAACACUGGCAAACAAAAGGCCGUUGAUCAAGCAGCAUUCAGAAUCGGCCGCCGCUACCGUACUCGAUAUGGAGCUGCCUCAUUCGCCCCUUUCUCCGCCCGAUAUACAUGACAGCCAGCCCCAUCGUCACAUGGUGCGCCGAUCAAUGCACACGGUCGAUAUAAUGGACCACAUACCGCCUUCGUCGCAACAUCCAAUGACAGGUGGCGUCGUUGCGAUUGGCUCCUCGGCUACCACCAACAGCCAGGCCGCCAUCACAAAUCAGCAGAUCGACAAAGGACGGCAGUUCUUCAAAUCGUUGCCAAAUCUUAGCAGCAGUUGCGAAAGUCUAAUUAAGAAAUAAAAAUAUGUGAAUGCGAGUAUGAAAUGCAAUUUCAAUUUAUAUCCCCCUAAUUUUAAAGCGAUUUUACACAAGUCACGUAAUAAUAAUUUAAUUACUGCGCAAGCAAAAACUUAAUCUUAGAAACAAAUGUAAAAAGCACACAAACAACGGAAAGAAGAUGAAGAAGUCCUUAUGUAACGGUAAUUAGUCAUAUUGUUUUAUUUCUUUCGUUCGCCUCUUGCUCAAUGAAAGAAAAUGCAAUUGCGUCCAUUUUUGACGUUUAUCGUCGUUUUAACCAUUUUUAAACUUCUAGGCAUCAAAAAGUGUUUACUUUCUACAAUAUUAUGUAAAAAAAAAAAAACAAAAACAAAAAUAUAUUCGGGUGUGUUCUGUGUUGCACCUCACUUUCA